AUGUCGUCGAAACCAUUCCCCCCUCCUAAUGGGAUGACCUCCUUCUGGCGCUCUUCCCCGGGAUCGCUUGACAAUCACCGAUCAACGAAAGAAUUACCCUCGCAAUGCGACAUUCUUAUCAUUGGAGCCGGAUACUCUGGUGCUUCACUCGUGACACAUAUGCUAUCGCAGCCUGAGUCAAAGGACAAGUCAAUCGUUGUCUUGGAAGCCCGGCAAUUAUGCUCUGGAGCGACAGGAAGAAAUGGAGGGCAUAUUAAGCCUGAUGUUUACAACUUGUGCUCGAGAAUGGCUUCAAAGCAUGGUAUCGACGCCGGAGCAGAGAUUGCGGAGUUCGAGCUCGCCAAUGUCGAAGCUGUCAAGAACUAUGUUUUGGACAACAAGGUAGAUUGCGAUUUGAUGAUUACUCAGGCUGUCGAUGUACAGCUAUCAGAAGAGCACGAUGCGCUGCUAAAGGCUGGAUAUGAUAGGCUUAUCAAAGGUGGUGUGAGUGCGACAAAGAACGCAUUCUAUGUCGAUGGCGAAUAUGCCGAAAUAGUCUCAGGCGUGAAAGGCGCAAAGGGUGCAUUCAAGUACACGACCGGUCAUCUCUGGCCUUACAAGCUGAUCCAUCACAUGUUCGCCGAAGCUCUGGAACACAAGAACCUGAACCUUCAAACCAACACUCCCGUGACCUCAGUUUCUGCCUCCCCAGAAGCUGACGGGAGCUGGAGCGUCACUACAAGUCGCGGUGUCAUCAAAGCUCGAAAGAUCAUCAUGGCGACAAAUGCCUACACCGCCGCGCUUCUUCCCGAGUAUCACGAGAAGAUAAUCCCUUACCGUGCCAUCUGCAGCCGAAUCAUUGCUCCGAAUCCACCGCUUUUGGCAGACUCCUAUGCUAUUCGAUUCAGUCCUACGGAUUUCGACUAUCUUAUCCCUCGACCAGAUGGCAGCAUUAUUGUUGGAGGCGCUAGAUCGGCUUACUUCAGACAUACUGAGGAUUGGUACGGUAGUGUUGACGAUUCGAAGAUCAUUGAAAGAGCGAAGGAUUACUUCGAAGGGUACAUGCAGCGACACUUCCGUGGUUGGGAAAACAGCGGUGCACGUACAGAUCAAGUCUGGACUGGAAUCAUGGGCUAUUCAGCAGACGGACUUCCCCGCAUCGGCCGUGUGCCCGGGCGAAAAAAUAUGUUUAUCAUGGGCGGUUUCACCGGUCACGGAAUGCCGCAAGUCUUCCUGACCGCCAAGGGAAUUAGUCGCAUGGUCCUGGAGGAUCUAGCGUUCCCCGAGGCCGGAAUCCCAAGACUUUUUGAAGAGUCGGAAGCGAGGCUAAAGAGCGAUGAGAACUUCUUGAAGGAGAUGAUUGAUGCGCAGCCAAGCCUGGCUAAGAUGUAG